UGCUCUCUCAUACUCCAGCUUCCGAAGCUCACAAGAUCCUCAUUUCACUUCACCCGUAAACCGGAACUACCGGGAACCGGGAAAGCAACUUUAAUAAAAAAACCAUAGCCCCUCUCUCCCCAACUUCCUCACCUCUGCUUCUUCUUCUUCUUCUUCUUCUUCUUCGACGAUCAUGGCUUCUUCUUCUCUGCUUCCGGUCGCCGGUGAUUUCUGUGAACUUCAUACUGCAAGAAAAAAUAACUCAUUGGAUAAUAUUCAUAUGAUGGACUUUGAUGCUGGAACUUCCUAUAAUGCAUCUGAAUACAAGAAAAGAAAAAUCUUGCCAAACACUGAUCUUUCAUCAUGUGAGAUUUUCAGAGAGAUUGGAGAUGUUUUACCUACUUUACGUUCUCCUGAUUAUUACAUGGAACCUUGCUUGGAGGAUUUGGUUAGAUGUGAAGUCACAGAUCCAGGUUAUUCUAGCCAGGUUCCUGAUUUCACAGUUGGACGGUAUGGUUAUGGAUAUGUAAAGUUUCUUGGGAACACUGAUGUUAGACGGUUAGAUUUAGAACAAAUUGUAAAGUUCCAUAGGCAUGAGUUAGUUGUGUAUGAAGAUGAAAAUUCAAAGCCUACGGUUGGUCAGGGUCUAAACAAAGCAGCUGAAGUGACUUUGAUGCUACAAGUAAGAAAGUUAAGUUCAAAAGACAGGCAUUUAAAUGAUGUUGUGAAGAAAUUGAAGGAGAGUACCGAGAGACAAGGAGCUCAGUUCAUUUCAUUUGACCCUAUCAAUGGUGAAUGGAGAUUCUUGGUCAACCAUUUUAGCAGAUUUGGGUUGGGUGAAGAUGAGGAAGAAGAUAUUGUAUUAGAUGAUGCAACACCAGGUCAAGAUUCCGAGGAGAUUAAUGGUGAGUUAUAUGAUGUUGAUGAAGAAACCCAAAUGGAUUCUAUGGGACUUGAGCUUUCUCAUUCUCUUCCUGCACAUCUUGGGCUUGACCCGAUAAAGGUGAAAGAAAUGAGAAUGUUGAUGUUUCAAGAAGAGGAGAUUGAUGAUUUCAAUGGGAUGCCUUUGCAGCAGAAACCAUCCCUUGUUAAAGAAUACAUAAGAUCUCCUUUGCAGAAUACCUCCCAGAAGAUGAGCCACAGAUCUAGUCCACCUGUUGCGCGAAAAACUCCACUAGCUUUGCUGGAAUACCACCCUUGUAGUUUUGAUACAGACUCCCCUGGAAUUCUCAUGGCACAACAAAAUAAGGGCUUGCCUGUAAAGAAAAUAAAAGCAGAUGGGUUUAAGCUGGAUCUCAAGCAUGAGACACCGGUAACUGGAACCCACUUUCGCAACAUUGUUGAUGCAGGUUUGUUCAUGGGUAGAUCAUUUCGUGUAGGAUGGGGCCCAAAUGGCAUCCUUGUUCACACUGGUGCUCCAGUUGGUACUAGUAACUCACAGGGGGUAUUAUCUUCUAUAAUCAAUGUGGAGAAGGUUGCGAUUGACAAAGUGGUUAGAGAUGAAAAUAACAAAGUGAGAAAGGAGCUGGUUGAAUUUUCCUUUGAUGCUCCAUUGAAUCUCCACAAGGAGUUGAAUCACGAAGUAAAAGAAGUUGAAGUCGGUUCCUUCAAGUUGAAGCUUCAAAAGGUUGUGUCAAAUCGUUUAGUGCUUUCAGAAAUUUGUCGGAGCUACAUAGACAUUAUUGAGGCAGAGCUGGAUGUUCCUGGGAUAUCUUCUUCUGCUCGUUUGGUUUUGAUGCACCAAGUAAUGGUCUGGGAAUUGAUAAAAGUUUUAUUUUCAGAAAGGGAAAAUAGUGGGCAAUCAAAGUCUGUGGCUGCUGACAAUGAGGAAGACAUGAUGCAGGAUAUGAAGGAAGGUCCUCCAGAUGUUGACACAGAAGCACUCACUCUUAUUCGAAGGGCAGAGUUCAGUUGUUGGUUGCAAGAGAGUGUUUGCCACCGGGUACAAGAGGAAGUAAGCUCCUUGGAUGAGUCAAAUUAUCUAAAACACAUUUUUUUACUCCUGACAGGGCGACAGCUAGAUUCAUCUGUGGAACUGGCUGCUUCUAGAGGAGACGUGAGACUGGCUUGUCUGUUAAGUCAGGCUGGUGGGUCCAUGGUGAGCCGUUCUGAUAUUGCACGUCAGCUUGAUCUUUGGAGACUCAAUGGGAUGGACUUCAAUUUCAUUGAGAAAGAUAGAAUUAGGCUUUAUGAGUUGCUUGCUGGCAAUAUUCAUGGCUCGUUACAAGAUGUUACAAUUGAUUGGAAGAGGUUCCUAGGGUUAUUGAUGUGGUAUCAACUGCCACCUGACACUUCAUUGCCUGUUGUUUUUCAAACUUAUCAGCACCUUCUUGAAGAUGGAAAUGCUCCACCUCCUGUUCCAAUAUAUGUUGAUGAGGGACCCAUAGAUGAGCCUAUUGAUUGGGUUACAAAGGAACACUUUGACCUCUCAUAUUAUCUUAUGCUUCUUCAUGCCAGUGGUGAGAGCAAAUUUGGCUUUUUGAAGACAAUGUUUAGUGCCUUCUCUUCAACGCAUGAUCCACUAGACUACCAUAUGAUCUGGCAUCAACGUGCAGUGUUAGAAGCAGUCGGUGCUUUCAGUUCUAAUGAUCUUCAAAGCCUUGACAUGGGACUUAUUUCUCAGCUUCUGUGUCAGGGGCAGUGUCAUUGGGCCAUCUAUGUGGUCCUUCACAUGCCCCACCGUGAUGAUUAUCCAUAUCUGCAGGCUACCCUUAUUCGGGAAAUCUUGUUCCAAUACUGUGAAUCCUGGAGCUCACAAGAAUCACAACGCCAAUUUAUUGAGGAUUUGGGUGUUCCAUUGGAGUGGCUGCAUGAAGCUAUGGCGGUUUAUUUUAAUUACUAUGGGGACCUCUCAAAGGCCUUAGAACACUUUCUUGAAUGUGCAAAUUGGCAGAAAGCUCACUCUAUUUUUGUGACUUCAGUCGCCAAUACAUUAUUUUUGUCAGGCAAUCACUCAGAGGUUUGGAGGCUCGUGACAUGCAUGGAGAACCAUAAGUCAGAGAUUGAGAAUUGGGACUUGGGAGCUGGAAUUUAUAUUUCUUUCUAUUUAAUAAGAAGUUCGUUGCAGGAACAUAACAAUACUAUGAGUGAACUGGAUUCUCUUGAGAGCAAAAAUGCUGCUUGCAAGGACUUCCUUGAUCGUUUGAAUGAGUCUUUGGCAGUUUGGGAUGGUAGAUUACCCUUAGAGGCAAGAGUAGCAUAUUCAAAGAUGGCGGAGGAGAUAUCUGAAUUGCUUCUAUCAGAUAUCAGUGACGGUCCAACUCGAGAUGCUCAGCUAACGUGCUUUGAAACUGUCUUUAGUGCUCCGAUUCCUGCAGAUCUCCGCUCCAAUCAUCUGCAGGACGCAGUAUCGCUCUUUACAUGUUAUCUUUCGGAGAUCGCCUCUUAGUUGUUACCUCAUGAUGGCAGAAUUAUGAUUGAGUUCUGAUCUGUGAUUAAACAAUUUUUAGCUUCUUGCUGUAAAGUUUGUUCUUGUAAUCGAUUUGAUACUGCAUACUUCCCUUUGAUGAUCAUAUAAUUAUACUGUACAAGAUGUCUCGGAACCAAAUCUUAUUUUACAUCGGGAUUUUGACGGUUUGGUUUAUGAAUAAAGAUAGAUUAACAAACAUU